AGGAACGGUCCUGGAGAGGUCCACCCCUGAACCGGAGGCUAUUGCCAGGAGGUACCAGCAGCAAGGGAAGGGCAGCGGGCCAAAAAAAUAAUAGCUGCUUGUCGUCCGCAUCCUUCGGCUUGCAUCUUUGCUUCUACUCCUUUUGUUUCCUUUCUCUUCAAUUCGACGUUGCCAGACGCCUCUCACUCUUUUCCCCGUCUCUCCGUUUCCCGCAACUCACACUCACUAUAAGCUGUACCUUGCCCAGCGCUUUGUUCCGCCUCACCCCUCCACAAACCCUCGUUGCCGCUCUCCCCCACGCUCAUUCGAUAACCCUCUGCAGUUCGAUUGCCGCAUACCUGCAGCCCGUCUCCUGCUUCAAUGCCUGCGUCUUGUUUCCGAGCCUAUUAAAGACAGACUGUGCUGUAAAGGAGCGUCUACACACGGCCCCAACACCGAGCCCUGAUUCAACGAAUACAGCUGCCUACCCUGCCAUUCCGCCAUCGGCACGCGCCAUUAGCUGGCCACAAGAUUCUUGUGUAGGAUGGAAGACCAGAAUUCCCAGGCGUCUGAAAUCAGUACGCCCAAAUCCGGUGCUACAAAGGACAAGAAUUGCCCGUACUGUGGCCAAGCCUUUACAUCGUCGUCGCUCGGCCGACAUCUCGACCUUUACAUUCGAGAAAAGAACCCCAAGGCACCGGAUGGCAUCCACGAUGUCGAAUCUAUUCGAAAACUUCGAGGAAAUAUCACCCGGCGACAAGUCCGCACCUCAAUGGGUGCCCCUCAACGAGAAGUUAGCACCCCGGUUCGGACCCCUCGCCCCUCCGUCUCUGCCCCCGUCCCCCAGGACACGCCGACAACAAAAGAACCGGAACAGCCUCCCAAGUCGACGCUUCCCAAAGAUGGACAAUAUGCCGUCGAUUCUACAUUGAGCAAGUUUCCUUUUGCGUCGCGAUGGGAGGCAACAGGUGUCAUGAACGAUAUACCGCCCAAGUCGCCCUGGGAAGCUGAGACCCCAGCAUCCGAUGCUGGUAAUGCGAAGUCGCGGCCAGCAGCACAGCGAACGGCCAGCAGACAAAUGAUGCAAAAGGCCCAAUUCGACGCCAAGCAGAAGCUUGCCGAUGCUCUGGAUACCGCAAGGGCCGCUGAACUCGCCCUGCGUGAGUUCAUAAGCUCAUGGCGAUCUGCCAAGCAACAUUUCGACAACAACUCUACCCCGUUUGACUUCGACCCCUUGUCGCUCGACUUCCCUUCCUUGACUCUGCAAUGUCUCAGGCCGCCACCCACCCUCUACUCGUCUACUCAGCACCCCACACCCACAUCAUGGGCUGUUGGAUACCCUGGAAUACGUGAACACCGGGCACUAGACGCGUUUUUUACAGAAGAAUUCAAGAAAUGGAAGGUCACCUGCUCAAUUGCGACUACUCAUGUUACUGAAGAGCUCACAUAUCCUCCACAAGCUUCGGCCCCUAUAGGCAAUGUACGAGAUGCUGUGAAAAGAGCUGAGGAGGCAACUGAUGCUAUGGAGAAACAAGUUAAAGAGCAUCUCAAGUCUGCCUUCACCGUUUGGCAGGAAUUACCUGCCCAUCGACGCAGCGAGCUCUGGGUGCUAGAGCUAGCGCGUAGUGUGGGACGCCGACAAACUGAAGCCGAGAAGCUGAAGAAGGAGAGGCAUCUCCUCCAACAAGAGGUUAACAACUUGAAGACACAGAUUGACCAGCUCAACCGACUGCAGCAGCCUCGCGAGUUUAAGCUACUCCCUCCAACAACGUAUCCUAUCGAUCGAGAACUUGCGAACUAUGCCAUUGCCUCAGCUACAGAGUCGCGCAAGACACUGGGCUAUGAUGUUGAAGAUAGACAUGUGGAUUUGAGCACUAUUGUCACCAAGGUUAUUUCCAGAUGGAAGAACGUCAUCAUAACAACUAGGGCGAAUGCUGGAGGCUUAAAGGCUCAAAGGCCCUUGGACUCAUCUGACGGCAACCAAGCCCCUCCGAAAAACACCACUGCUACAUCAAAACGAGCACGAGGGGCCAAGAAAGCGAAAUCGACAGCCGUCCAGCGACCUGCGGCGGAAGCCUCCAACGAACAGCAAUCUCAAAGUCAGCCUCAACAGCGACGCUCGGUAGCCAGUACCAGUGAGCAGCUGAGCGAAGAAAACAGCAUCUCGGUUACGGGCACUGCAGAACCCUCUAUUGCGGAAGAAGAAGAGGAAGAUGAGAAUGAAAUGGAAGAAGAGGAGGAAGAAGAGGAUGAGGAAGAGGAGGACGCUGAGGUUGAGGACGCCGACGGGGAGGCAGAGAACCCCAGUGACCAAGACGCCGAUGCCGAAAUGGAUGACGACGGCUUCGUUAUGAUGGACACAACUCCAGUUCGACACCCCCAGAUGGCCAUACAAGACCAAGACUCACUAAAUGUUCCGAGAGCGCGUGGACCUCUCCAACAGGGAACACACGAUAUACACUAUAUGAUGCCCAACACCACUAAUGUCAUUGGAGAUCCCUCCAUUUCCAUGAGUCGAUCUAUGCCGAACAUGAAUCUAGCCAUGCAAGGCAACCCAAUGCAGGAUAUGAACAUGUACAUGGAAUAGGGUUCCUGGCGAGGUUCAAUCUAGUCAUGCAUAAUGACCACCACUCGCACUAUGAAGCUAGCAUUUGCUGGCGUACACGCAAAAAGCGACAUCUUUUUUUUCUUUACGACAUUUUAUGGGAAACACGAUGAUAAUGUUUCCACAACACGAUAUCGACAUUGUAAUUUCUUUUUGUAUAAUGAACGCUCCAUCUUAUACGGUGACUGGGCGAGUUAGGGGUUAGAAGAAUGAGGCGAAUGUAAUUAGUCCUGGUAGCUUGUAUCAUGACACGGGACGAAGGGUGUGAACAUCACUAUUACUGGCAUCAACACGGCGCCAUGUACUGGGUUUGGCGCCUCUAUGUAUUUUGAGUGGAUAUUGCUUUUGUAUAAUGAACAACUAUUGUUACAGGAAUGAUUUGCCGAAUGGGCAUAGUGAUACAACUUGUUUUGGUCUGAGCAGUGAUUACUUGUUGAGCUGCUUGACCUUUUGUUCCAGUGCGCGGACAGUCGACUUGGGAACAUGAAGACGAUGAGCCAGAACAAGGGCUCCAGUCAAUACUGCCAAGCUACCGGCUUGAUGAGCAGCCGCGAGAGGGAUAGGAACCAUGUAAAUGAGAGUGGAAAUUCCCAGUGCAACCUGCAGAGACACCAGAUGGACCAAACCCAUGGCACCCUUCUUUGCGUUCUUUGGCAGCGCUGCGGCAACCUUGCCAGUACGAGAGUAGGCGAAGAGAGCAAGGAUGGCACAGAAUGUGGAAACAGCGAGGAUGCGGUGGUCCAUUUGCACAUGGCUGGGGUUUUCGAAAGCGUUGCGCCAGUACAGAUCCGACUUGUCCUCCUUGCGGGAGUAAAACUUGUCCCAAAGCUCAGAGGCAGGGGGGAAGAGUCCCUUACCCAUGUUGGGGAAUUCGUUGUAAAUGAGGCCAGCGUCUAAGCCAGCCACCAGGGCGCCCGACAUGGCCGUGACAAAGACUAGAGCUGCUACGGCAAAUGCAGAGCGGCGGAAGGCGUUGAUGGCAGGGUUCCUUAACGCGGCUACGAUGCUGAGCGCAGCUUUAGGGUCCAGAGCCAUGCGGCGGGCACGCAGGAUGGAAAUGGCAGACAGCAACAUCCAGGAGUAGCAGACAAAGGCGGUGCCCAAGUGAGCAGUAAGACGGUACUGGGAGACACGGGGAUGAGAACCAGGUGCAAAGAGGUCAUCCUUGAGACCAGACUUGACCAUCCACCAGCCAAUGAAGCCUUGGAAGCCGAUGAGGGCCGAGAUGCCGACGAGGUUCAGCGCCAUCUUGGGCGUCACGCGGCGGCGAGCAAUAAAGUAGAUUGUAGGGAGGACAAAAGAGACACCAAUGAAGCGGCCCCAUACACGGUGGCUCCAUUCCAUAAAGUAAAUCUUCUUGAACUCUUCGAGGUCCAUGUUGGGGUUGAGGAUCUUGAACUCGGGCGACGCUCGGUACUUUUCGAAUUCGGAUUCCCAGUCCUCCUGAGAUCGGGGAGGCAGCGAUCCAGUAACGGGCUUCCAUUCGGUGAUACUCAAU